ACGACGCUGAGUGAGGCGAAGUGAGUGAGUGCCGUUAGCAAACAGGCCGCUGCUCUAGAGAGCGGAUGUCUGGGGCGUGGGCAAGAGAAAAGUGUCACAGUGUAGAAAACGAGCUCAGUUUCUGUAUCUUCUUAUAAACUUUUGAAACAUUUUAGCAGACAUGAGUCAGGGAAAGGGAAUGUCAGCUCAGGAGACGCUUAUUGAAAUGAGUGAGACCGCUUCUCAGGGUGAGGAGAACAAUGGAUUCUUUCCCAAUUCAGAGAGCGUGUCCCUCAAGCAACGUGAUUCAAAGGUGGAUAAACAACAACAAAGUAAAGACUCUGUUUACUUCAGAGAUGGCGUUCGACGAAUAGAUUUUGUUCUUUCUUAUGUUGAUGAGAAAGAUGGAGAUAAAAAACAGGAAAGAAGGAAACAGUAUGAAGCUAAUCUGCAAAAGGCCGGGCUAGAGCUGGAGCUUGAAGACAAAUCGGAAUCUGAGGAUGGGAAGACGUAUUUCUUAAAGAUCCAUGUCCCAUGGGAGGUGUUGGCCACCUAUGCUGAUGUUCUAAAGAUUAAAGUGCCUUUCAAAGUCAAUGACAUCCCUGACAACAGUGAGAUUCCUGCCUCCUGGCUCUUCACACCAUUCCGCCUGCCUGAUUCAGUCAUACACCCUGAGCCAGACUACUUUACUGCCACCUUUGACAAGAGCAAGAUUGAUUUCUUCCUCAUCGACAACAAAGAUACCUUCUUUCCUAACUCCACACGCAACAGGAUAGUGUAUUACAUCCUCUCUCGGUGCCCUUACAAUAAAGAAGAUAAACUCAACAAGGACAAGAGAGGCAUCAAACGGCUACUUAACAACGGGACCUACACUUCAGCCUUUCCUUUGCAUGAUUGCAGAUACUGGACAAGGUCUCGAGACCCUAACUGUGAGAAUGAGAGGUUUAGCCUCUACCAAUACUGGGCUCGCUUCCUUCGCUUCUACAAGGAGCAGCCACUCAAUCUUAUCCGGCGAUACUAUGGGGAAAAGAUUGGGGUCUAUUUUGCAUGGCUGGGUUUCUACACAGAAAUGCUGUUCUACGCUGCGCUGGUUGGACUUAUCUGCUUCAUUUAUGGACUGGCGACCUAUGAUGAAGUUGUUUGGACUAAGGAAGUCUGUGAUGAAAACAUUGGAGGACAGAUUGUUAUGUGCCCGCUUUGUGAUAAGAAAUGUGGCUAUUGGAAGCUUAACAGUACCUGCAACUCCACCUGGCAAUCGCAUCUUUUUGACAACACAGCGACAGUGUUCUUUGCUAUAUUUAUGGGUAUAUGGGUGACUCUGUUCCUGGAGUUUUGGAAGCGGCGACAAGCUAGGCUGAAGUACGAGUGGGACCUGGUGGACUUUGAGGAGGAGCAGCAGCGGCUGCAGCUAAGGCCUGAGUAUGAGACCAAAUGCACCAGUCGGCGGAUAAACCGCGUGACGCAGGAGUUGGAGUGGGUUAUACCCCAAACACUUAGUGGUUUUUUAGGCACGGUCAUCUUGUGCUGGUCCACUGUAGUCCUGUGGAUCUCUCUAAUCAUAGCGAGUAUAAUCGGGGUGAUAGCAUAUCGGCUGGCUGUGUUUGCUGCUCUGGCUAGUAUUAUGAAGGACAGUCCAACCAAUAAGAUGGAAUUGGUGGGCUCACUUAUCACCCCACAGCUGGCCACAUCUGUUACAGCCUCCUGCAUCAAUUUCGUAAUUAUCAUGAUACUUAACUUCCUGUAUGAGCGUGUGGCCAUCUGGAUAACAGACAUGGAAAUCCCCAAAACUCACCUCGAGUAUGAAAACAAACUUACGAUCAAGAUGUUCCUCUUUCAGUUUGUUAACUACUAUUCCUCCUGCUUCUACGUGGCCUUUUUUAAAGGAAAGUUUGUGGGCUACCCUGGCAAAUACGCGUACAUGUUCAGUGAGUGGAGUGGCCUGCGUAAUGAAGAGUGUGACCCUGGUGGUUGUUUGAUUGAGUUAACGACCCAGCUUGUAAUAGUGAUGGCUGGCAAACAAGUGUGGGGGAACAUCCAGGAGGCAUUAGUUCCCUGGCUGCAGAACUGGUGGAGCAGCAGGAGUGCUCGCAGUCACCCAGAGAGUCUGUACAGUCGCUGGGAGCAGGAUUAUGAUCUGCAGAACUUCAGUCAGUUUGGUCUAUUCUACGAGUACCUGGAAAUGGUUAUUCAAUUUGGUUUUAUCACAUUAUUUGUGGCCUCCUUUCCGUUGGCUCCUCUCUUGGCUCUUAUAAAUAAUAUUCUGGAGGUGCGUGUGGAUGCAUGGAAGUUAACCACUCAGUUCCGGAGACCUGUAGCAGCGAAAGCCCAUAGCAUCGGUGCCUGGGACGAGAUCCUAAAUAUGAUUGCCGUGUUCUCCGUAGUAACCAAUGCAUUCAUUGUGGCAUUUACCUCUGAAAUGAUUCCUCGCCUGGUGUAUCUAUACACAAAAAGCCCAGGAAAUCAGCUGUCUAUGGAGGGCUACAUAAACGACAGCCUAUCCAUCUUCAACAUCUCACAGAUUCCGCUUCAAAACCGUCCUGAUGAUGGUGAAAAUCCUGCCUGGUUUAACAGCUCUGUGAUCACCACCUGCAGGUACAGAGAUUACCGCUACCCCCCAGGCGACAAAAAUGAAUAUACCCACAACAUGCAGUUCUGGCAUAUCCUGGCAGCUAAAAUGGCUUUUAUUAUUAUUAUGGAGCAUGUUGUGUUUGUGGUGAAGUUCUUCGUGGCAUGGCUGAUUCCGGAUGUGCCGUCUGAUGUCAAGGCUCGUAUAAAGAGGGAACGUUAUCUGGUCCAGGAGUACCUGCACAACUAUGAGGUAGAGAAGCUCAAACUGCAGUUGAGUCAAAACCAAAAUGGAGCCCAGUGCAUCUGUCCCGAAAUAACUGCAACUGUGAAACACGAGGUGCUAUCUGAGUGCCUUACCUAGCCUGGGCUACAUUUCACUUUCCCUCAUCACAAACUUUAUUAAAAAGUUAUAAGCGACUUACCUCACCUAGGCAACAAACUCUUCAAGCUCUGUCAGCUACCAGUUAGGAUCAGUUCUAUUCUACCCAUAUUCGUUUGGACAUCACUAUCCUACGUCCUAAAUUCAUUUGCAUUUGAUAAAAAAGACAUGUUGAGACAAUAUUUUUCUGUGGCCUGUGGAGCUGGUCAAGCUUUUCUUACAACAUAUAUUGUUGCCACUUUGAUCACUCUGUCCUAGCUCAUUAUUACAGUUCUUCAUUUAGAAACAAUUAGUCAAGCAUUGGGCUUCCCCGGUUCCCCUUAUUUUUGUUUAUUUAAACAGUAUAUGACUGUAAUACAUCUUAGGCAUCCAAAGAGAAUAAGCCUUAUUGACACUUGGUUUUUAUUACAUUUCCUGUGAGAUAAAUAUGUAUGUUAUAGUACCAGUAGAGAUGCCUCUUGCCUUCUGAUAAGCAAAUUCAUGGUGAAAGAGCAUGGAGAUUUAUCGAGAAAUAUAUAUUUUUUCCAUAAUUUAUCAUCUUUUACUGUCUCCAUAUCAGUCUAUAUAUAGACUAAUAUCACUAAAUGUCAAAUCACUAAACAUUACAUAGUGUUUUCACCGUUCAACCGUCCUGCUGCUCCUAUGCAAAUCAAAUUAAUAUGCAACUUCAGGCAGGUAACGUCAUCAGUGCAGUCACAGUUUGUUUACAGUGAUAGCUUAGCUGAUGACAGUGGAAGUCAAUCACAUAUCCUAUAUACCAAAUCUGGAAUAAAAAUUCCAAACAAAGCCUUCUAUAGCAAAGUUGAAGUGUGAGUAUGAUGCAGAGUAUGCAUCAUUUAAUGCAUGACUGAAAGGGAAGACAGGUCAUGCUAAUAGAUUUUAAUGUGCCUUUAUUUAUCUACACGUUUAUUCCUCUGAAGGAAAGUCUAGCUGUAGUCAUGGGGACACUGUGACAGUCUUUGUUCUGUUCCAUUUUGUUUUUGUUCAUGUUAUGGGUGAGGAAAAUGUGAGGAUUUUUUGCACAGAGCACUUAUUGAGGAAGGAAUCUGUUCAUUUAAGUAUGUCAGUGUGAUUAUUGUAUUUACACUACAGUAUCAGUGUUCUAAUCAAGAUGAUGUGUGGAAGAGAUUAGGUCAUGUGAAUUGCUGUAAAUGCUUUGACAACCACAACCUGUCAUUUAUUUUCAGAUCCCUUUAAUGCAUUGUAGCAUGAUAAAUAAAAACAUUUAUGUUUUUAUGUUUGUGGAAAAAAGAUGCCUAAAAUUACCAAAGUACACAUCUUUUACAAAUGCAUAUAGAGAGAGACGAAUAAAUCAGGUGUCAUGUUUUAGUUUUUUUGUUUUUCAAUUCUUGUUGAUUUGAUUUCUGAAGAUGUUACUAUUUAUAUUGUGAUCUGUUUUUUAAUUUUGUUCUUCUGUCUUCUGUGUUAUAGAUACAUACAGUAUAUCUAAGAACACAGAAUACUAGGAGCCAUAGACACUAGUAGUCAUGCUUUAGAAAUAGCUAUAUUUGCCUUUAAAUUGUCUGAUUUAAAUAUAUAACUGUAGUUCACAUUCAGUGCUUUAUCAUUUCAUCAACUUGUACCUUUUUUGACUGACAGCUUGUGAUUAUUGUAUCGCAACAAGUGUUGCAUCAUGUACUACAAAGAUUAUAUAAUGCUGGUUUUGAAGCAGUCAUCAAAUUGUUAUUGAUUCUGUAUACAUGAAUAUCAUUUAAAAUAAAAUAAAGAAAAAACAAAUUACAACUUUUAA